AAUUUUCACUGUGCUGACUUAAAUAUCUCAACAGCUAUUGGAUUGAUUUCCAAGAAUAUUUGUUCAGAUUUUCAUUGAUGGAAGAAGACUUGUGCUAGAAAAGGUAGUUGGAAUCGUCAAAAAGCUGUCAUACCUGCUGCAAAAUGUACUUUAGGCAGCAUAGUAAAUAGCUGAUACUGAAGUAGAUUGUGAUUACAAAGCAGUAAUAUUCGGUUGUAGCACGUCAAAGUGGAUCUACUUUAAUAUUUAAAUAAAGUUGGGUAGUUCAGGCCCCUGGUUCACAAACUAAGGGCCAUUCCAAAAGGUCAUGUGAUAAAUCUGAGGUGAUACCAAAUCUGUUAAAUUCAGGGGCUGUCCUGUUUGAUGUACUGUGGUCUAUCUCUGCUAGGAGAUCUGCUCUGUACCUAUAUUAUUCAUACAACUCAAGACUCCAUAUGCUGGGCACCUGCGCUACCAGCUGUCUCUCUUCCGACCAUACCUUGAAAACAAUUUUGAAACUAACAAUUUAGUGGCACUUAAACAGUACUCAUAGCACUUUGUAGUUUUGCCAUUUUUUUGGAAGAAAUUGUACUUUCUUGAUUCUUGUUGUUCUGGGUUUUUACCCUCAUGGUUGAAUGCACUUAUUGUAAGUCGCUUUGGAUAAAAGCAUCAGCUAAAUGAAAUGUAAUGUAAAUGUGAUAAUGCUUAUUUUUCUUAAAAUAGCUUUAUGUGUGGGACAGAAUGUCAUUACUGACUGAGAGAUGUUUCCACCAUGAAAACUACACAGUUCUGGGUAUGAGCACUGCUAGACAUCGUGUCUGGUCUUUGUGUGGCCUUUGUAUAUCCACCAGACCUUUUGCUUGUCUGUCUUCCUGUGUGGAAUAUCAACAUCCUCUUAUGCUUCACCCCACCCAGUGAAACCAAAGUAGCCAAAUCUCUCUACUACCUCUGUCUGCUGCAACAACCUCUCUUUCUCAUUACUAAUCUCUGUCCUCUCAAACUGCGUCUUUUAUGUCUGUGGAAGACAGUCUGUGCAUUUCUCUUACUGUGAAGCAGAUUAGCCUCCUCAGGACUGAAGCACCAUGAUUGACUGAAGAGGAUGAGGAUGUUCUGCUGAACCCACCCAACACUUACAACCCUUCAUUCUUUUCACUGCCCUCAUUCUAACCACUGCCUUCAUCAUGAACCACACUCCCAGCCCCCACCUCUCAGAAGGUGGUAGGUCAGUUGGAGGCGGGCUGCUAUGUAGCCUGGGUCUGGGAUCCGACAGGGGGAUCCGCUCCCCGGACAGCCUAACCCACACCCCCAGCCCCACAGGGGAAACCCCUAGCUCCAGUCCCCCGCUGCUGCUGUCACCCGGGUUCGGAGGCCUUGGGCUGGGAUCCCUCUGUUCAAUGGGUGAAGGAGCUGGGGCCGACUGGGAGAGCAGGGAGGAGCUGCGGCUCAGGGAGUUGGAGGAGGCUCGGGCCCGUGCGGCACAGAUGGAGAAGACCAUGAGAUGGUGGUCGGACUGCACUGCCAACUGGAGAGAGAAGUGGAGCAAGGUUCGUGCAGAGCGUAACCGAGCACGUGACGAGGUUCGACAGCUGAGACAGCGGCUGGACACACUCACCAAAGAGUUGACCAGUGUUCGACGGGAGAGGCAGGACCUGACCUCUGAGAAUGAAGCGUUACGGCAGCAGACACUGCAUCUCCGUGACAACCACGCGGCUCCUCCUCCAACCGCCACCUCGCCUUCUUGCUCACCUGCACACCCCUGUGGUGCUUCCUCCUCCUCAUCUCCAUCCAUUCCUCCCUCCUCCCCUGCUUCCUCGUCCUCUCAGGUUCACGAUGACAGCAAGCUGGACAGGAUGGGGGACGCCCCCCCAGGGUAUCCAGAGCCAGAACCAGUAAGGGACGUGGACUUGGACAGAGAUAAGCUUGGUCAGCAACAGGAGUUGGAGCUGCUAGAUUCUGUUCUGCGUUCCAGGACCCCGGGCACUGACAGUCAGGAGGCCUGGGACAGUCGUGGUGGUGGUGGCAGCGACGGUGUUAAUCCCGCCAGCUCACGUUUAUCCUGCGGUAUGAGCCGGCAGGAGCGCAGCAGGCAGCUGUGGGAGGACAUGAGCACGGUGGAGGAAGACUCCAGCAAACUCAACGCACUUCAGCUUCGCCUUGAUGAGUCCCAAAAAGUCCUGCUGAAAGAAAGAGAAGACAAACUUGCCCUGAGUAAGAGCAUUGAGAGGCUGGAGGCUGAACUCAGUCAGUGGAAACUUAAAUAUGAGGAGCUCAGCAAGAACAAGCAGGAGGCCCUCAAACAGUUGAAUCUGCUGAAGGAAAUACAUGAGGAUGAACUUGGCCGCAUAUCUGAAGACCUGGAGGACGAGCUGGGAGCUAGGACGAGUAUGGACAAGAAACUAGCUGACCUACGAGCUGAGAUGGAGAGGCUGCAGGUGGAGAACGCUGCAGAGUGGGGACGCAGAGAGUGUUUGGAAACCGAGAAACUGGCCUUGGAGAGGGACAACAAGAAGCUGCGUGCUCAAGCUGAAGACCUAGAGGAGCAACUGGCCAAGAAACGCCGACAGGCCGCAUCCGCUCUCGACACAGACCUGAAGGCCAUCCAGAGCGAGCUGUUCGAAAGAAACAAGGAGCUGGCCGACCUUCGCCACAUUCAUGCUAAGCUGAAGAAGCAGUUCCAAGAGAAGACGGCGGAGCUCGUUCAUGCCAACCGGAGAGUCGAGAGUCAUGAGACAGAAGUGAAAAAGCUACGUCUGAGGGUGGAGGAGCUUAAGAAAGAGUUAGGACAAGCUGAGGAUGAGUUGGAUGAGUCUCAUAACCAGACCAGGAAGCUGCAGAGGUCUCUUGAUGAGCAGGUGGAGCAGACUGAGAACCUGCAGGUACAAUUGGAACACUUACAGUCAAGACUGCGGAGGCAGCAGCAAAGUCCUGGACUCUUUGGGAAGAUGCGAUCGGCUCGGUUCACUCCUGAAAACCCAGACAGUCCCACCAGCGAUAUGGAUGAGGAGGAGGAGGAACAGCUCCAGAUCCCAUGACACAGACAAACACACACACACACACACACACACACACACACACACACACACACACACACACACACACACACACACACACACACACACACACACACACACACACACACACACACACACACACACACACACACACACAGAC